AUACCGGUUCCUUCCCCCCUCCCCCCAAACCUUUCCACAAAUAUUGUUACCGCGAAGAGCUAGCAAAUAGUACUAUAGCUAGAGAGCUUAUUAUUUGUGAGGGACAAAAAAAAAAAAAAAAAAAUAGAGAAAGAGCGUGAAAAAAAGGCUAAGAUGGGUUUCGAAGAAACGGAGCUGAGGCUUGGAUUGCCUGGCAAUAAUGGAGGAGGAAGUGGAACUGAAGUAGCAGAGGUGGUGAGGAAGAGAGGCUUCUCUGAGACCGAGAGUGACGUCACUGAUAAUGUGGAUUUGAAGCUUAAUCUUUCUUCUAAGGAAGCUGGAGUUGAUGCAAAAGACAAGGCUAAGAGCUUAAUGAAUAAGGAGAAGAAUCUUCUUCCCGCUGAUCCCGCAAAGCCUCCGGCAAAGGCACAAGUGGUGGGUUGGCCACCGGUUCGGUCAUUCCGAAAGAACAUGUUGGCGGUCCAAAAGAGCAGCAGCAGUAGCAGUGAAGAAAGUGAGAAGAAUAUGGGAUUGGGAUUGACUUUGGUCAAAGUCAGCAUGGAUGGUGCUCCUUACCUUCGCAAGGUCGACUUGAAGAUGUAUAAAAGUUACCAAGACCUCUCUGAUGCCCUCGCCAAAAUGUUCAGUUCCUUCACCAUCGGCAAUUGUGGAUCCCAAGGAAUGAAGGAUUUCAUGAACGAGAGCAAGCUGAUGGAUCUGUUGAGCGGCUCUGAUUACGUUCCAACUUAUGAAGAUAAAGAUGGUGAUUGGAUGCUGGUUGGCGAUGUCCCUUGGGAGAUGUUCGUUGAAUCAUGCAAGAGGGUGCGAAUUAUGAAAGGAAAGGAAGCUGUUGGACUCGCUCCAAGAGCUAUGGAGAAAUGCAAGAACAGAAGCUAAACAAGUAAAACCACCACAGCCUGCUCCUUUGAUCUCGUCGCUGCUGCAGUAACUGAAAUCAACAACGACAAAAAAAAAAAAAAAAAAAAAAACUCAAAAUUAAGCGUGAAGAUGGAUUGAGCAGGUUGUUUAGGUGUUUUUGUAUUAUUAUUAUUGGGUUUGAUAAAUAUAUAUAAUUAAUGUGAUAUAUAUUUUAAGUUUUUAUCAUUUGAACAAAAAACAAUUAAAACUACUCUCUUUUUAUGUUCCAAAGACUACGUACGUACUCAGCUUAAUUUGUCUUUGUUCGUUUGUUUAAUGCUAUUAAUGGGUUUGCAUAAUAAGUAUGACAAUGUACGUACCAAUAAGCUUGGCGUAGUUAUUGUGUGUUUUUAUUA